AAGGCCGCUGCUUCCAAAGUCCCUGCUGCUAAGCAUAAGUUCGUCGUCGACUACUCAAAGCCCGCCAGCGAUGGCCUCUUCGAUGGUGCUGCCUUCGAGAAAUUCCUCCACGACCGUAUCAAGGUCGAUGGUAAGGCUGGUCAGCUCGGAGACAACGUUAAAAUCCACAGGGAUGGCGACACCAAGAUCACCGUGACCUCCAACAUCCCCUUCUCCAAGAGGUAUCUCAAGUACCUCACGAAAAAGUUCUUGAAGAAGAACCAGCUCCGGGAUUACCUUCGCGUCAUCGCCACCGCCAAGGAUGUUUACCAGCUCAAGUUCUACAACAUCGAGUACGUGAUCAGUCUUUAG